AUGCAUCAGAGGAAGGGGAGAGUGGCGGGGUGUGGGUGUUGUGGUGCGGCGGCGGCGGGGAGUGGAAGUGGUGGAGAUGGAUUGGGGAAGCGUGGCGUGGAAGUGGGCAUACGAGGUGCGGGAUGGCGCGUGGCGCUGCGUGGUGGUGCUGCGGUGAUGAGUUCUCACCUGAACAGCCCAGAUCCGUUGAAGUUGGAUGCAGUGAAAAGCAGUGUUCUGCAGGAAGAGGAGGCGAAAGCGACAGAAGAGGAGAAGGAGGCGAAGGCGACGGAGGAGGAGGCGAAGGCGACGGAGGAGGAGGCGAAGGCGACGGAGGAGGAGGCGAAGGCGACGGAGGAGGAGGCGAAGGCGACGGAGGAGGAGGAGGAGGCGAAGGCGACGGAGGAGGAGGAGGCGAAGGCGACGGAGGACGAGGAGGCGAAGGCGACGGAGGAGGAGGAGGAGACGAAGGCGACGGAGGAGGAGGAGGAGACGAAGGCGACGGAGGAGGAGGAGGAGACGAAGGCGACGAAGGGCUUCCGCGAUACACCAAAUUGUUUUCCUUCUCGAGGAAUAAUGGGUCCUCUUGUCGAGGAAUAA